AUGGGCGACUAUCAGCUCCAUCAAUCCCGAAAUCUAAGUGUCACUCAGACUCUUGAUGAAAUUCUGGGGAUCAGUUUGAGAACUGAGCAAUCAACUGCGUCGUCGUCAAGUAACUCAAAUGAGAAGAAUGCAUUGAACUCUCCAUGCCGUCCACCAACAAGACAUGGCAGAGAAUCAUCUGGAAGUAAUGAGGAGAACAAGGAUCCAGUAUAUCCAGAAAAUGGAGGAAACCACCCAACGUUGCCGACAUUCCCAGGACCCACAUCUUCCUCAACCAGGAGACGUUCUGAAGAUGAUUUCUUCAAGAAACUGAACCAAUUCAGAAAAGGUUCUCUUGUUUCUACAAUGGACGAUUCUUCAACACCGUCAACUACAGUAAACGCAAUUUCGAUUCAUCCAGAUUCUCCAAACCGGGAGUCUCGACCACGCCUUGAAAUCCACGUGGAAGAAUCGAUUGAAGACGUUCCACAGUCGGCGUCGAAUCAACAGAAGACAUUCCUCUCUGAAAACUCUCGGAGUACAAGUACAGAGCAAGAAGAUCCCAGUUUGACAUUUAGAGUGGACAUUGAUGAAGACAAAGAAGAACCAAAGAAAAAACCGGAGAGUAAAUUGAAAAAUAUACUGAAGAAGCCACCGAAAGAUGCUCCGAAACCUAAACCGAGGUCGAAGACUCCAGUAGUGGAGAAGGAGAAGAGUUUGGAACAAAUGUCUAUGUUUAACUCAAAACUGAACAAGCCUUCCGAUGCUCAUCAUAAAGAAUGGCUACAAAAGAAAGAAAGGGAAAUACGAGAAAGGAAAGCAAAAGAAAAAGCGAUAGCUGACCAGAAAGCAGCAUCGGAGAAAGAACGACGAGAGAAUUCAGCAAAGCUUUACCAACGAUGGGUUCAGGAUCACGACGAAAAGAUGAAAGAGAUGAAGAGAUUGAAACAAAAAAGAGAAAAAGAGAAGGCAGAAAAAGAGAAAUAUUCAAAGGAUCAGAAAUUGAAAGAAGCUGAUAAGAACUAUGAAAUGUGGAAAAGAGAGCGUUCAAAAUCAGUGACAGAUAUCAAAAAGAAAUUAGAGGAAGAGUCAGAAAAGAAGAAGAAACGCGAGGAAGAUUUAAGGAAUGAGAAGAUUAAAGAAGCACAGAAAGCGUUUUUAGCAUGGAAGCAAAAGAAAGAAGAGUUUCUAAACGACGAGGCCCGGCAGCAGAAGAAAGAAAAGGAAGAGAAGCGAGAAGAAGAAACAGAGUCACAGUUGAAAAGAAUGGAAUUGGCAAACGAAGCAUAUGAAACAUGGAUUCAAUUGAAAGAAACUGAACGAGAAAUGAUUGCUGAUUUAGUGUUAAUCGAGGCUCCGCCCAUUCCGUGGAUUCCCCCAAGCAAUUUAGUGCCAAGACAGUUUUUGAGAUCUGCCGGUGGAAGCAGACCCCGAGCUGCUCGUUCCCAAUCUGCUAAAUCUAUUGCAAAACGCACCAGAAGUCGACCGUCAACGACUACAUCCGCUAAAAAUUUUGCAUUUUUUCUGUGA